UGCUCCAGCUGCUUCUGGUCGGGUCGAGCUUCUGAGCUCUGAACCGUGGCUGCCCCGGGCGGUGGGCGAGCUGAGGGGAUCCCAGGGCCACCCGCACGUGGCCGACGGGAAGCCACCAGCCGCGGGCGGGGAGUGUGGGCCACCAAGGGACCAGCCACUGGAGCCACCUGACCAAGUGCUGUAGCUGUAGCUUCCUAGCUCAAAACUUGUGUGGUGAAAUCUGAGAUUUUGACCCAGAUACUAUGAUAGGAACUUACUGUGAUCUGGGGCCGAAUCCUACGUAGAUGAACGAGGGGCUUCCAGAUUUACUGAGAGCUUGGUACUGUACGCACGUUUCUUGCUCAUUUGGUAUCGGUGACCAUGCCAUCUCUGCCUCAGGAAGGGGUCAUUCAGGGUUCCUCUCCUCUGGAUCUGAAAACAGAGUUACCUUAUCAAUGCACAAUGAAAAGGAAAGUCAGGAAAAAGAAAAAGAAGGGAGUCAUUACAGCGAACGUUGCUGGGACAAAGUUUGAAAUUGUUCGUUUAGUAAUAGAUGAAUUGGGAUUUAUGAAAUCUCCAGAUGAAGAUGAAACAAGUAACCUUAUAUGGUGUGAUGCUGCUGUUCAGCAGGAGAAGAUUACAGAUCUGCAGAACUACCAGAGGAUCAACCAUUUCCCAGGAAUGGGGGAGAUCUGUAGGAAGGAUUUCUUAGCAAGAAAUAUGACCAAAAUGAUCAAGUGUCGGCCCCUGGAUUAUACUUUUGUUCCUCGAACAUGGAUUUUCCCUUCUGAAUAUAGUCAAUUCCAAAACUAUGUGAAAGAACUGAAGAAAAAAAGGAAGCAGAAAACUUUUAUAAUAAAACCAGCUAAUGGUGCAAUGGGUCAUGGGAUUUCAUUGAUAAGAAAUGGGGAUAAAAUUCCAUCUCAGGAUCAUUUGAUAGUUCAAGAAUACAUUGAAAAGCCUUUCCUAAUGGAAGGCUACAAGUUUGAUUUACGGAUUUAUAUUUUGGUGACAUCCUGUGAUCCAUUAAAGAUAUUUCUCUACCAUGAUGGGCUUGUGCGAAUGGGGACAGAGAAGUACAUCCCACCAAAUGAUUCCAACUUGACCCAGUUGUACAUGCAUUUGACCAACUACUCGGUAAACAAACAUAAUGAGCGGUUUGAACGCAAUGAAACCGAAGACAAAGGCAGUAAACGUUCAAUCAAGUGGUUUACAGAAUUCCUACACGCCAAUCAGCAUGAUGUUUCCAAGUUCUGGAGUGAUAUUUCAGAAUUGGUGGUGAAGACCCUGAUUGUGGCAGAACCUCAUGUCCUGCAUGCCUAUCGGAUGUGCAGACCUGGUCAGCCACCAGGAAGUGAAAGCGUCUGUUUUGAAGUCCUGGGGUUCGACAUCUUGUUGGAUAGAAAGCUAAAGCCAUGGCUUCUGGAGAUUAAUCGAGCCCCAAGCUUUGGAACUGAUCAGAAAAUAGAUUAUGAUGUCAAAAGGGGAGUUUUACUAAAUGCACUCAAGCUGCUGAACAUCAGGACCAGUGACAAAAGGAAAAACUUGGCCAAGCAAAAAGCCGAGGCUCAAAAGAGGCUAUAUGGUCAGAACUCGAUCAGAAGGCUUUCGCCAGGCUCCUCUGACUGGGAGCAGCAGAGGCACCAGCUGGAGAGGCGGAAAGAAGAGUUGAAAGAGAGACUUGUUCAAGUACGGAAGCAGGUUUCGAAAGAAGAGCAUGAAAACCGACAUAUGGGGAACUACAGGAGAAUUUAUCCUCCUGAAGAUAAAGCACUGCUUGAAAAGUAUGAUAGUUUGCUGUCCGUUGCAUUCCAGACAUUUCUUUCGGGAAGAGCAGCUUCAUUCCAGCGAGAACUGAACAACCCUCUGAAAAAGAUGAAGGAGGAAGAUCUUUUGGAUCUCUUGGAACAAUGUGAAAUUGAUGAUGAAAAGUUGAUGGGAAAACCUACCAGAACCCGAGGACCAAAGCCCCUGUGCUGCAUGCCAGAGAGUGUGGAGGUAAUGAAGAAGCAGAAGUGUUACAGCAGCAGCGAGAGCAGCUUUGACAGCAGCUGCAGCAGCAAUUCAGAGUUGGAGGAGAAUGAGAAAGAAUUGUGUCAGAAGAGGCGAGAGCAAGCCCCGUAUAACCUUAAACACACCAGUCACUGCAAGCUAAUUCAACAAUCCAAUUCCAUGAGGCGUUCGGUCAGCUGCCCUCGAUCCAUCUCUGCUCACUUGCCUUCCAGUGGGGAUGCACGCCCCUUUUCUUCUCAACAAAUGAUGCCAUUAGCAAGACCAACGUCAGCAAGCCGGUCACAUUCCUUAAACCGUGCUUCCUCCUACACGAGACACCUGCCCAACAGUAACGAUGCCAGCGCUGCCAACUCUAUGGUGAAUGAGUCUUUGCGGCAAUUGAAAACCAAAGAACAGGAAGAUGACCUCACAAGUCAGACCUUGUUUGUUCUCAAGGACAUGAGGAUCCGCUUUCCAGGGAAGUCAGACGCAGACUCGGAGCUUCUGAUAGACGAUAUCAUGGAUAACUGGAAGCAUUAUAAAACAAAAGUGGCUUCAUAUUGGCUCAUAAAACUGGACUCCGUGAAACAAAGAAAAGUUUUGGACAUCGUAAAAUCAAGUAUACGUACAGUUCUUCCAAGAAUCUGGAGGGUCCCGGAUGCUGAAGAACUAAGUUUGUACCGGAUAUUCAACAGGGUGUUUAAUCGUUUGCUCUGGAGUCAUGGUCAAGGACUGUGGAGCUGUUUCUGUGAUUCGGGAUCCUCUUGGGAGAGCAUCUUCAGUAAGAGCCCGGAUGUGGUGACUCCUCUGCAGCUCCAGUGUUGCCAGCGCGUGGUGGAGCUUUGCAAGCAGUGCCUGUUAGUGGUUUACAAGUACACGACUGAAACUAGGGGUCCCAUCUCAGGCAUUGGCCCUGACUUGGGUAACUCCAGGUAUUUGCUACCAGGAAGUGCCCAGCUCCUCAUGCGGUCAUCACUGUACAACAUGAAAUAUAAUUCACCAGGAAUGACUCGCUCCAAUGUUUUGUUUACGUCCCGAUACAGCCAUUUGUGAGACUGAAUGGAAGAUUGCCAUGGGCUAUGAAUAAUAGCAAUUCAUUCAUUUUCUCCAGUUGAACCUUAAGGAAGUGACCCUUACGUGAUAUUUUAUGUAUAUAUGUCAUAUAAGUGUGUGGAAUACAUACACACAUGCACUCAAGUAACAUACAAAUAUAUAUAUAUAUUUAUUAUGUGUAAGAAAAAUUAGCAGAAAACUGAAUAUAAGAUUUAACGUUUCUGGAAAUGUAAUAAACCAUGUUAAAGUUGUUUACACAAAUAUGCAAAUGUGUAGAAUUUGCUAGGUUUAUACUUAAUUGCUUCCUACUAGAAAUGUUAUUUUUGCUGCAGAGUAUAUAAAGCAGAAUUGAUCUUGAAGAUCCCAUCACAGUGUUAAAUUAUUUUCUAGAUAACACAGCUUUGACUUCAGAAAGCACUAAUAGUAUCUUAUUACUUCUUUCACUCAUAGUAGCUAUGUAACAGUGAAACACAAGAGACUUAAAAACCUGGGGUUAGCUUGAUGAUAAGAUUAGGAUAAAAUGGGGUUAUUGUUACUAUAGCACACUGUAAAGUACUAGAAAACAUCCCUCCAACAUUUUACUCUCCAUAUGGAAAUUUAACUAUUUGUUCUAGUGCAUAUUUUCAAUAAAGAUCCAGAUUAAAUUGUGGUGUGAUCUAAAAUGGGAGACUUCCCAGUGGGCUAAGAACAAAAAUGUAAACUCGCUUUAAUUUGGCUUUCCAUGGGGGGUUACAUAAACAAGUGAUGGCAACCCAUAGAGCCUUAGCUGUGUGACUUUAUGUCUCAUAGCACUAGCUUUUCUUUGGAAAGGAUAUCCUUGAUGGGUUUAAGUAUCUCAAUGUUGAGACCAGUUUACCUUGCAGAGCUUAAUGAUAGUAGUUUCUCAUUUCACCUCAGAAAAUAUUCUAAAGACUCUGAAGAGGAGUCUACACUCAGCACAUGUUACUAUGCAUGGGCUGACGUGCCUGCCCUAGAUUGAGUCUUUUCUUCACUGUUGAGUGUGGCGUUGUCUUCCGUACAAAGGCAUCAUGCGUGUGUCCCCAUCAGCACAUUCCCAUGCUCCCUUCUCUUGCCUGCACUUUCAAAACCAGUGUGUGCUUUCCGUGGCCCAGACACAGACAGCACAGUCAUGGAUUUUUGAACUCAGGAAGUGUAAUAUUUGCUCAAACUUCCCUCCAAGGCUUUUACUCACAGAUGCUAAGAAUUUGAAAAACUCAAGAUUGUUUACCACCAUUUCAUAUCCUAAAAUCUAUUUCCAGAAAACGAGGAAAUGACUCCAAAGCAGCAGUAGUGAGAGCCCAUCUGUCCCAAAUUUGUUCGAAGUUGGGUCGAUGGUGACCCAAAGUUGUAAAGUAUAUGGAUUUAUUUUAAGAGUAUAUUUUUUUCCUGUAAUAAUCAUUGCAUACACAAAUCGCUGGUAGCUGCUUUACUUCUUUAUGGCUGCCUACCCUGCACAUCCCAAAUGAAGCUUUUCUUACUGGCUACAUCCCAUGCAAUUUCGUCUUGUGUUUCCAAAGGAGAAUAAAGUCUCCAAAGGAAGAAAGCGAAUGUGUUAUUUAGGAGUCCAUAUUGCGAAUUCUGCAAUAUGCUAUAUAUUUCUAAAAAUAAGUGAUGCAAAUAUUGGAAUAUCACAGAAUCUUUAUGGGAAUAGUCAACAGAUCAGUCUGUUUUAUGGUUUAUUUGCAGUGUUUUUGUUUGCAAUUCAUGAUUUAAAAAUCAUGGAGAAAUAAAAGAACAUAAAAUCAUGGAGAUAUGUUUUUAAGUGAUUGGUAAGUGAUACCAACCCAGUUUGUUGGUCAUUUACUUCAUUUAUCUUAAAUCACAAAUGAAUAAUUAGGGUGUUUGCUUUGGAACUUCUGCCUCAUACAAGAAAGGAAUCUAUACUUAAAACCCAAUGAAACAGGGACAAUCAUCCAACAUUAGAAAUUCUCACCCUGGAAACACACAUUAAGAACUAAGAGUAAAUUUAAAUGCAUAGAACUGCCAAGUAUUUGGUGAACAAACAUCGUUUCCCUAGCUACUCAAGCAAGGCCUUAGUUUGAGCAGUAGGAUUUCAUUGCCUACAUUUUCCUGUUUCAACUAGCUGGAUAUGAUGAAGCUGUGCAGAAAGCCAUGUGCUCAUUAGUUAUGUGCAUUACCUGGUGUGCUGUGGACGGUGGUUGUCAUAGCACCAUCCCCUAAUGAGCAGCUAAGAGAAGACAUGAUAAUGAACCAUGCAAGUCUCAGGAGGCCAUAGACAGGUAUUAGAGGUAUAAAAUAUUCCCUGGUUUUUGUUAUCAAUUUCUUAUGUGUAUGGUUAAAACAUAUUUGCAUAAGAGACAGUGUAGAUCUCUCUUUAAUGGUAGAGAAAGAAAACUUGAGUAACUGCUUAAUCUCAUCAUUUUUUUUUUUUUUAAGAAUGGAUUUUGGUUUACUUUCAAGGGUAGAGGAUAAUUAUAGACAGGCCGCCCUAGCCAUUUGUAAUGGUGGUAAUGCUUCCCCAAACUGUAAGAUAUGAAUAUUUUCCAAAAUGUCACUUGCUUUUUUUAUGUCAUUACCUACAAACAUAAAGUCACAAUGUAGUUUUCACUUGACUAAGACAACCUUGUGUGUUUGAAUGUAUUAAAAUACUCUAUUGCAAUUCAUUUUACUUUGCAUGAAUUUUAUUUUGUUAGAUUUCAUUUAUCUUUAAUAUGUGAACAUAAAGUUUUAUAUGGAGUACAGUGUUAAGCAACUCUGCUGUCUGUAAGGAUUUGCCUAAACGAGAUCAAAUCCCCUAGAGUUUCCAUGGCUCCUCAUCUCUAGAAUUAAAUUAAUCCCAACCAAACCAAACCCUUUCUUUUACCUAAUAUUUAUACACACACAGAAAAUAUGUGGCUCCUAGACUUCCAGAAAAUGAUUCCAUUCCAUUUUCUCUUUAGCUUGGAAAAUAGAUUGAGUAUGGGAUUAUGCUGAUUUGAAAUUCCAAAUGUUUGAAUAUAAAUUUAAUGCUUUCUUCUUUUACAUGUCAGUGUCAUUCUGUGUAAACAUUAUCUUCAAAUUUAAACAUAUGCAAUACACACUAUUCAAAAUACCAAAACAAUAGCUGCAUACAUGUCAUUAUUUAAUCUUCUAUAAAGCACUGAUUCAUUCUUAAAUAUAUACUCUUUAAAAGAUAGUAAAUACCUCAAGAGUGAAAGGAAAUACCUUCCCUUUCUAUUUAGCAAUGCUAAUUUGCAUUGAGAAUCUCAUGCACUUGGUGAUGGGGAUUCACCAUCAAUAAAAAGUGUAGCUGUGCAAUUGUGUUACUGUGACUUGGUGAUUUGGGGACAUUUGUUCUUCUCUUUAAAUUGAGAGCUUCAAGUAUAAACGGCCAUGUUGUCUACAUAUUAUUAGAUACUUAAUUAUUUUCUGGCUAAUGUUGGCUUGUAAAUAAUGGAAACUGCAGAAAUGUAUUCAUAAAGAAAACUCGAUUCCCCACACUGCUUCCUCUCUGUCCUAUUUUCAUUCUUCAGAUCCCCACUGAAGCUUUAGAUGUGCAUGGACAAAGGAAAGGAAAGGAGAAAUCUUGCUUUUUUUUGGAAUUACAAACAAGAUUGAAUUACAUGACAAUCCCAGUUCCCGUCUCCCUCCCUUCCUCCUCUAGGAAAUCUUGCCUUUUAAACAUUGGUCUUCCUUGAAUUCUUCAGUCUAACUCUCUCCCAACUGAGCUAUUUUGGUGCUGUUUUCCUUGAAUUCUUAUAGUGGUUUUUUUUUUUCCCCAGG